AGUGAACGUUGAGCCUGCAAACGGUACAGGUUACGGGCGUCGUCGUCCGGUGUGACGUUGUAGCAUUUUUUCCCGCACACCGGAGAAAGCUUCAGCUUACGGAAAAUUAUAGGUUCGUUUUCCCAGUGGCACCACGACACCGAGCAGCGAUUUAAAGUGUAAAGGUUAAGCGAAACACGUGUGAAUGUGAGAAAAUAUCAACCAACCAGGGGCCUCGAGUGUUUCCCCUCCAGAGUGGGGGACGAUUCCGUUGCUGGAUUAGAUCGGCCCACCCAAUGGUACCCGUGGGGUCGAGUUCCUGUAACCUUCCAAAGCUCAUCAUUAACACUCAUUUUGUCGCGGUUGAGUUUUUCUUUUUUGCCUCCUUUCCGGUCUACAGCCACAUUUCAACGGAGCUAGAAUGAGGCCUGACGCCAAUAGUAUGGUUCAGUAACUGGCCGUCCCUUGGAAACGGAAUCCUCUACCACCGGUUCCGCACAAUGCCACGACACGGCACGCACUGUUCUCCAGGAAUUUAUGCUCCAGACUGUGAACUGUGAAACUGUGCGCACAUUGUACAUAAGGUGCUGAACAACUACCAGACAAGAGUUGGAAAGCACUCCAACACGGAUAAAGGAAAAAACAAAACAAAAACCGGUAAUAUUUAUCUGACAACCAUCAGAGCACCCGAGCUGGCGCUAGGAGUCUUCCCACGAGUGCAACCCGUACAUCGUCUACUCCAAUGUGCAAUGGAAAGAACAGGAAAAGCUGCCCAAUAAAUUGAAAACAGAUUUUGCUCUAUUGGGACCUCGCGAAUGGUUGUGGUGUGUGCGCAAAACUAGCAAACAUAAUUAAGUGAAAUGAUUCCUGCCGAACUACUACUACCACCACUGCUACUAGUACCGGGAAACGGAAAACCGUACAUGGGCAGGACCUUGGGUAACCGCUACAAUGUAACCCACCUCGAUAGCAUCUGUUUUGCGGUCGUUCAGCUACAGCUCCUGCACCGACGGUGGCCCCAAAGCGAGUAGUGUGGAUCGCCUUCCCCCGGGCGACUAAACUUCCAGCUUUUUCCCGAGUUGCCAACGGGAUUUUUUAGCAUCCCCACCGAAGCACAUGCGAGCGGCUAGCUAUAGUCACGCCAGAAAACCGCCACAAAAACCCCCACGAAAAGAAGUCACUAAAUUAGUGGCCCAAAGCCUGCCGGGGGGGAAAAAGGAAGCACAUUAAAAGCAUAAGCUACCGGAGCGCAGAAAGAAUAGUUAUCUAACGUGUCUACCCGGGAAAAACACGGUCGGUCGGAGUGGUUUUUAAGGGAAAACUAAAACCAGCCCUUACCGCCUUUCCCUUGAACGCCGUGCCCGACAACCAUGAAGUCUGCCAUCCUGUAUCCGUACGGUCCGCUGCGCGCUAAUGGUUGCUGCCGGAUGCUGCACGCCAAACAUUUGGCACUAACGAGCGCCAUCUACACCCUGAACAUUUCCAUCCUGGUGGUGCUGCUCUACUCGUGGCGUAUCAGCGUGAACGUUAAAAAGUAUGGCGACCUGGAGGAUGUGUACUACGGUGUACAGAUAGCCUACUUCGCCAUCAUCGGUACGCAAUGUUCGAUGAUCCUGCUCAGUGUGGUGCUUAUUUUCGGAAUCUAUCGGGAAAAUAUCGGCCUGGUCGUACCGUGGAUAAUCGGAUUUAUCACCUUCAUGGCGCUGGAAGCGGUCGCCAUGGUAUACUCGAACGUACUGCGGGACCACGUGAACCGGCAGUUCGAUUCGCUCUGCAAGGCGGAGGUCGCAUUCUUCAUAUCGAGAGCUGUCAUCAAUAUAAUGGCCAUGUGGGCGGUAACACGGUUCUACAAUCUGUUGCGUGCGGGCGUUACCUGGAAGGGACCGGAGCUGAUCGAACUAUGACACAACUCGAACGAGACGGAAAAGACGCUAGCGUCCUUCCGCGAAGAGACUCACCUGAUCGUGCGCAUACCGACGUGCGACGGUACGGACACCGAUCUGGACCGGCCGGGCAGGCGUGACGAGGGCGACGAUGCGACGACGACAGACACGGAUGACAAUAUGAUCGGUUGCGGUGGUGCGCGUAAGGGCACCUAUCAACCCAUCAGCCGGGGUAUGUACCGUUGGCCUGGGGAGGAAGAGGACGAACCGGACGAGGCGAAGAGCGUGGGCAGCGGGAGCGAUGAGGACGAUUCGCUGCUCGUUGCGUACGACAGCAAUUCGGUCGCGUCCGUUUGACAAUAUCGCAAGCUCCUGCGGUACGCGACGGCAGAGCUGCAGCGGCAGGCGGACAGUGCCGUGCUGCUGUUUAUGAUCAUAUUUUUUAUCGAAGUGUACGCGCAGAUUUUCAUAUUUUUCUAAUCGGCCCAGACCGCGUACCGCAGGACAAAACCAAGCAAAGGAUCAUAGAAGGUUCACCACUGUUAGGACGCAAAGAGACAGGGUAGGAGACAAGUGUUAAAAAGGAUUUACCCCAAAUGGGGAUGUAAAAACUACCAACAAAAAAAAACUGGUGAAGUACUCGUUUGAUGUAAGGGGAAAAGCAGAUCGGCUUUGCUACCCCCAAAAACACCCCCGAAGGCUACAAAACGGACGGUUCAAAGAGAUCGGUGCGAAUCCGAUUUGUUACGAAGGACUAGCUGUAAGAUGUUGUGAAACCUGUUAAGCUGAACUUUUGCAAACUGCAAAGCUGCAAAACCAAACAAACAAGAUGUGUUAAUGUGAGUGGGGCGACCGCUCAACCUGUUUGAGUAUGUAAAUAGUGUGUAGCAAAGUAUAACAAUAUAAGAAACGGGCGUCAAACCGCGUCCACAAACUAUCAUGUUAGCGAUUAUGUUUGAACAGAAAGAUACACGUUGAAACAGUGCAAAGUAAAAGGAGGAAAACUCCUUGUGAAAACUAUUAGACAGAAGAGGGAUGAUAUCCUUUAAGAACGCAAAACAAUAAAUGUGCUGCUGCGCAGCGUUGAUAACAAUUGA